AUCACGAGUGGGCUCACAAAUUUCCGAUACGGCACCAACGCGGGGCAUCGCGUCCAUCGGCGAAAGCUGUAAUCAGUAAAGGCCAGCGUCCGUCAGCUGGCGAUACGAGACGGAAAGCGAAGUGCGGCCUCUGCGCUCUCGGAGAGCCAUAUGGCGGUCUCGCCCGUUCCUGUGUCCGCGAUGGCUGCGACGUUUGCGGCGGUGACGGCGCAGAAUGGCUCCGGCGGCGGCAGUUCCAUCUACGAGCCUUUCCGCAACGGCGACAUCUCGUAUGUGGGCCACGACUGCCGUUCCAUACCCGACAGGCUGGUGCACGCGCACGCAUUCGCUGCGUACCGCCUCGACUUGAGCUACAACCAGCUCACCACCAUACAGGGCAUCGAGCACUUUAUCCAGCUGCGCGAGCUGGUCCUGGACAACAACGAGCUCCGGGACGCGUCCGAGUUCCGCUUCAACGCGCAGCUGACGACGCUGUCGCUGAACAAGAACUGCUUCGACAACCUCGACUACCUGGUGUCGUGCAUCGAGCAGUGCUACCCGUCCCUGACCUUCCUGAGCCUGCUGGGAAACCCGGCAUGCCCCGACCAGAUCAGCAACCCGGACAGGGACGACGACGACGACUACCAGAGGUACCGCUACUACGUGAUCCACAAGCUCCGGCAGCUCAAGUUCCUCGACUCCCGCGCAGUGACCAGCGCCGAGCGGGCCGAGGCUCGGCGCGUGGGCGCCUUCAUGCGGGUCGCACGACCGCCGUUACACGUCGGGGGAUCGGUGCCCUGGGCUGACGGCGGCUCGGACUCAGAGGCGGACGCCUACCGGUACACGCCGCUGCCACCGAUACCCACGCACGGCAUCGGCCGGCAGCGCAAGACCGUCUACGGCAUGCUCAAGUACAAGUACACCGGCAAGCACUCCGAAGGGAACCGCUUCAUCCGCAACGAAGAGCUCUGAAACUGCGCCCUCCUACUGCUCCACUUGAUGCCAUGUACUACACCUACGGGUCACGUGACCGGCAGCGCCGCCUUGUACGCGUAGAUGUGUGUGCGCGCACCGCUGUUACGGGAAAGUAUAGUUCGCGAUAUCACGGAGCGAUAUCACGGAGCCAACCCGUUUGGUAUCUUGAGGUGACAGCGAAUGGGCACAAUAAUGAGACGAUGCAUGGACAAGCGUAAACAAGAAGGUAACCUGUGUCGUCUGCUCAUCGUGUACGAAGUUGUGUUUUGGGUGCUGUCUGCUGACAUUACUGUUGUGCCUAUCGUGUGCCCGUAAUUGCCGCCUGUUCUGCGUAAGUGUUUUAUACCAUAGACAUAUCGGUCGUGGGCAUAUCGGCAAGGAGAACGUAUAUGUCGGCUGUUUUAGGUGUAACUGCUGGCGAUGUUGUGCAGUCGUGCGCAAGAGGCGCGUGACAUUGUCUGCUGCCACAAGAAAAUGCUUGCCAUUCGAUACUCGGUGAGUAGUGUGCGUGCGACCGUGAAUUCUCCAGUAGUACGCCCGAUAUCAUGUGGCUUUGCUCGUGGCUUCCUGCACAUACCAUGUUAGGAAAGCUGUAGACUAUGGCGACACCUGUCGCAAAUCCUCAUAUUACACCAAAUUCGAAACCACACAUUGGCCACAUACAUAUAGCUAUUCUCAGCGACGACUGAAGAUGACUGGACUGUAGACUUAAAAAAUAUGGACCAACAGCAAGUCAUUGCAGGACGUGCGACAAGCGGAGAAAAAAGGACAUGGAAGAAAGUUUAUCAUUGCAGCAUAACACCCCACGUGCUCCUGUCGUGUUGUGAUUUCUUUUUCCUAGCACAAGGCAAGGUUCGUGACCAAUUUUUUUUUUUUUU